AUGCGUGUGGGCACAGCAGGCAGUGAAGAAGACCCCUUUGCUGAUGCACUUAAGGGUGAUGAUCUCCUCCCUUCUGGGACUGAGGAUUACAUACACAUAAGGAUUCAGCAGAGAAACGGCAGGAAAACCCUCACUACCGUCCAGGGGAUUGCUGAUGAAUAUGACAAAAAGAAGCUUGUCAAGCACUUCAAAAAGCAAUUUGCCUGUAAUGGUACUGUAAUUGAACAUCCAGAAUACGGUGAGGUCAUCCAACUUCAAGGGGACCAGCGCAAGAACAUCUGCAAGUUCCUGAUUGAGGUUGGCAUUGUUAAAGAAGAACAACUCAAGGUUCAUGGGUUUUAAUUCACUUCCUCUGCACUACAGCUAGAUCACAGGUUCUGGCUUCUGGGCUGUAUUCUCUUGUAAUGGGAAGCCUGUAUGGCAUCUAACUCUCUCUCAAUGAGCAGUUCACAAUCUUCCAGCUCCUGCAGCAAGAUCUUUGAGACAUUUGCUUUUGUCCCAGUUAAGGUUUUUUAAACAUGGUUUGUAAUGUUUGUGCUUUUUCUUAAAAAGCACAUGUUAGAACUCUUUGUACCUCUCUUUGUAUAAUGUAUAAUAAAACCCACUUGAGAAACUU